CUGAAGUGGAUGUAGGCGCUUAGUGCUGUGACGUCACUUUCUACAUUGAGCCAGUAGUAGAGGAGAGUCAGUGGAGAUAGAUAGAGGAGCGCCGUAGUAAAGUACACACCGUCAUGAACUUCUCCCUCUAAAACUUCAACCUUGUUGCUCUAGAAGUCGGAGAGAGGACGAGAUUACAUUUUUUUUGUUGUUGUUCGACUAACGGAAAUUGCUCUUUAUUCGCUUUCUUUUUGCGGGGGAGUUCGGGAGGAAGGAAAAAAAACAAGAGAGAGCGGGGGAAGAAGGCAACAUUUUGGGUUUCUUUUCGGGGGGUCGACGACGAGCGCUAUGUCGUCCGCGGCGGUCGCUGCUUCUUCCAGGAGGCAGUCGUGUUAUUUAUGCGACUUGCCCCGCAUGCCUUGGGCCAUGAUCUGGGAUUUUACCGAGCCCGUCUGCAGGGGAUGUGUCAACUACGAAGGAGCAGACCGCAUUGAGUUUGUCAUCGAGACGGCCCGACAGCUUAAAAGGGCUCACGGUUUUCAGGAGGGCAGGUCUCCCGGGCCGGGGAAGUCGCAGCUCUCCGGGAAGGAGAUCCAGGCGAUCAACCACGCUGCGGGGGGAGAUCCGGGCUCCCGGCCGCCGCAGCCUCUGGACCGCUACCCUCUGUCCGACCGCCCGCCCAGGCUGGGUCCAGAGUAUCAGCCUAGAGGGCAGACAAACGGCAUCCAGCUCCCUAAUGGAUUUCCUAAGCCUGACGAGCCACCAGAGCUGAACCGCCAGAGCCCCAACCCGCGCAGGAAUAACACGGUGCCCCCGAAUUUAGUGCCUUUGCCUAACGGGGGCUUGACCCCGGGGCAUGCCGUCAACGGCAGGAACCCGAUCGGGCUUUCCUCCACUCUGGCGGGCGGUAGUCCCGCCGACAUGGGCAAGAGACCCGCCUCGGUCUCCAGCACCGAGCACGACAGAGAGCUGAAGGAGAAGCACAGACCCGACAGUCUCACGCCGGAGAUCUCGGAGAGCCACAAAAACAGGGCAGACCCGGACUGGAUGGGCAAAGGCAAAACGGUGAGGGACCUGAUGGCUCUGCACACCACGUUCGAGACCAGGUACAAGAAGGACCAUGUGCCCAUGCCACAAAGAGCUAUGGUCUAUGAGCCCGGCCCCACUCUUUCCAAGUCAGACAGAGGAAAACAUCCCCGGGGGAGCAACAAGAGAAAAGCAUCACCUGAACCGGAGGGAGAGGCGACAGCUGCCAAGCUCAACGGAGAGGGACAGCAGUGGUUACCACCACCUACUGACGGACUGAAAAUGCCUCCAGUUCCCCCGCCAAGCUUCGCCUCUCCCCCUUCCACAAUAUCCCCUCACUCCCGCACCACCCCACCGGAGGCAGCUCAGAAUGGUCAGUCCCCCAUGGCGGCGCUCAUCAUGGCUGCAGACAACGCAGGUGGGAACAGCUCUCCCAAGGACGCCAACCAAGUCCACUCCACCACCCGGAGGAACAGCAGCAGCCCCCUGUCGCCGUCCUCCAUUAAUCAGAGGAGGCUGGCGCAGAGAGAGGCGCCGAGUGCAGGCACCCCCCAUGUGCCAGGCAUGGACCAAGUGCACCCCCCACAAAGCAUUCCGGACUCCUCUGUACCCAGCAGCAUACCUCUGUGCUGCACGCUGUGCCACGAGCGUUUGGAGGACACACACUUUGUUCAGUGCCCGUCUGUGCCCUCUCACAAGUUCUGCUUCCCAUGCUCAAGGGAAAGCAUAAAGCAGCAAGGCGCCACGGGUGAAGUGUACUGUCCAAGUGGAGAGAAAUGCCCCCUGGUUGGCUCGAACGUACCAUGGGCUUUCAUGCAAGGAGAAAUCGCCACCAUCCUUGCAGGAGAUGUCAAAGUAAAAAAGGAGAGGGACCCUUGAUUUUUUUCUUUUUUUUUUUUGUCUGAACACUUCUUUGGGGAGGGGAAGCAAAAAAAUAUGAGUAUAAAUAUAUAAAUAUCACAUACAUACCAUUCAAACAAACUAACGGACUUGUACAUAUUGGACCCAAGGGAAGAGUAUACUUCGUAAAACAUGGUUGUAUAAUUUUUGAUUUUUGAAUACAUUGUGUUUCUAUAUUUUUGAAGAUAAAGGUAUGUACUCAUUAUAAUGAACUACGUUCCUCUUUGUUGAUGUUUAACAAAAAAUUCUUGAUGUACUUCUAGGUCUGGUGGCAGUUCCUGUUUAACGUAGAAUGUGACUAAUGCUACUCUACGAGCACUUGGCAAAACUAAAAAUGCUUUUAGCUGUACUUGUAUGCACUUGUUUAAAAAUUGCCAAAUACAAUUUCUGAUCUUGUAUGAACA